GUCUAUAUAAAAAUGGAGGCGUCGGGGGGCUUGGAGCGCAGAGCGGUUUGGUCGUUCGUUGGAGGAAGGUCUUCCGUUCUACUCGGCGAUUGCGGCUCCCGUUUGAGCGCUAACAGCGGCGCGGCGGUCCCAGCAAGGGCCUCAGACCUCGGCUUUGGGUGAGAGAAAAUGGCCCGAACCAAGCAGACCGCUCGGAAGUCCACCGGGGGGAAGGCCCCCCGUAAACAGCUGGCCACCAAGGCGGCCCGGAAAAGCGCGCCCUCUACCGGCGGGGUGAAGAAACCCCACCGCUACAGGCCCGGGACCGUGGCUCUGCGAGAGAUCCGUCGUUACCAGAAAUCGACCGAGCUGCUCAUCCGGAAGCUGCCGUUCCAGAGGUUGGUGAGGGAGAUCGCCCAGGAUUUCAAAACCGACCUGAGGUUUCAGAGCGCGGCCAUCGGUGCCCUUCAGGAGGCCAGUGAAGCGUACCUGGUGGGGUUGUUUGAAGAUACCAAUCUGUGUGCCAUCCACGCCAAGAGAGUCACCAUCAUGCCCAAAGACAUCCAGUUGGCUCGCCGGAUACGGGGGGAGAGAGCUUAAGUCGAGGCGGUUUUUAUGGCAUUUUGUAGUAAAUUCUGUAAAAUACUUUGGUUUAAUUUGUGACUUUUUUUUUGUAAGAAAUUGUUUAUAAUAUGUUGCAUUUGUACUUAAGUCAUUCCAUCUUUCACUCAGGAUGAAUGGGAAGAGUGACUGUUCACAGACCUCAGUGAUGUGAGCACUGUGGCUCGGGAGUGACUAGUUGCUGAUAUGCAGAAGGGAUGGGUGAUACUACUUGCUUCUCAUGAUGCAUGUUUCUGUAUGUUAAUGACUUGUUGGGUAGCUAUUAAGGUACUAGAAUUGAUAAAUGUGUACAGGGUCCUUUUGCAAUAAAACUGGUUAUGACUUGAUCCAAGUGUUUAACCAUACAUCACUGUGAUAGAAUGUGGGCUUUUUCAAAGGUUGACCAUACAAGUUUUAACCACAGUGUAACAGUUUCCUAAAAAAAAAAAGAAAAAAAAGGAAGAAGAAAGUAAACCUGGCAGCUAUAGACUACACGAUGUGCAUUUAUAAUAGCUAUUUUAUAUAUUGUAGUGUUGAACAUUUUUAAAUUAAAUGUUUUACAUUCACAAGUGGUGGGGAGUCUUGUCAUUAAGGUGUGUGUAAUUUAGUCCAGUUGGUAUUUCCUGACUAGACUGCAUUUGUUUAACAAAGUAGAAAAAUGCUAUGCGUAUUAAACCUUGCAUAAGUCCUCAUUCUACCACAUGUUGACUAACCCUCUGCCCGGUAACACAUACACUAACGGGGAUUUUAUUUAUAAGGGCUCUAGAGUAAAAUAACAAGUUAUUCACACCAGCAUCACCUGUUACUAAUCUAGUUAGUGAGCUUUUCAUUGUGUUGUUUGGUCUUAAACCUAGAUUGAGUUUGGUUUUGUUUCUUUUUUAAUCUUUAAGGGGGAAAAAACAGUACAAGGUUUGUUUUUUCCUUGUGGAGUUUAAACAUGGGGUAAAGAGUACAGCUUCAGCUUAUUGGACCUCUGCCAAUAAAGAAGGUGGGUUAGGUUACACCUGGUUGCUGUCCUGGCAAAAUCCUUUUUAUAGAGAUGGCCUUCAAGUGGUUUUUAAAAGUAUCCUAUUGAAGUUUUUAGGUCAAUUAUGUAUGUUGACUAAAUUUACAAAUAAAACUUGUUUAUUCAA